UUGACUCGCUUUGUUUGUCCGGAGCUGUUUUGGCUUCAGACUGAGACCGGAGGAGGGACCAGAAACACUCUCUUUGUGACCGAGCUGCGCUGUAAGCAGUUGUGCUGCGUAUUAAUAAGGUUAAUAACUGAGUAAUAACACUAACAGCGAUGCCGUCCGAAAAACCCUUCAAACAAAGGAGGACAUUUGCUGACCGGUGCAAAGAGGUCCAGCAGAUCCGUGAUCAGCACCCCAACAAGAUCCCUGUGAUCAUUGAGAGAUACAAGGGAGAGAAGCAGCUGCCCGUUUUGGACAAGACCAAGUUCCUGGUACCCGACCACGUCAACAUGAGUGAGCUGGUCAAGAUCAUCAGGCGUCGUUUGCAACUGAACCCCACUCAGGCCUUCUUUCUGCUGGUGAACCAACACAGCAUGGUGUCCGUGUCCACCCCCAUCUCUGAGAUCUACGAGCAGGAGAGAGACGAGGACGGCUUCCUCUACAUGGUCUACGCCUCUCAGGAGACCUUCGGCUGCUAGGGAGGAAGAGGGGAAGGGAGAGCGGGACAUCUUCAGGUGCAGGGAGGAUGGGGAGAGGGUAGAAAGGGGGAGGGGGCGUGAGGGGAAAAAGGGGUAUGUGGUGCCAGAACCCGACCAGAAACCACCAACUCCAUAAUCCUCUCCACUUUGUUGCAUUGCAGGCCCACGUAGCAGCACCUCCCUUCAGUCAGUCAGUGUACAUGUGACAGACACCCCCUUUGUCCCCCUCUCUCUGUCGUAGUAAAGCACCCUCUUCAUAUUGGUCAGUAAAUGCAACACUAGCUACAGAAACCAGAGGACACGAGUGUCUCUCCUGCCCUCAGAGUUCAUUAUACCUGUGACCUCUGAGAGUUUCUACCUUUAUUUUCUCUUUUAACCCACACAGGCUGAGGGCUCUUAUUUUGAAAAGGUGGGAAUAAAUCAACCAAUGAGUUUGGAUUCUGGGAGUCAAACUCAAAAAUUUGACAUAUUUGUGUAUUAAGACAUGACACAGUAAACAUGAAACCAGGCAGUCGCUUGCAAGAGUUGGGUGUAAUUGGAAGUUCAGAUUUAGACGUUGAAGCCCUUACUAAACACAGCAGGGUUCAGAAGCUGUCAGCCCAUAUUCUCCUUCAGCGGUAGUACAAGUUAGACGUUAGAUUCUUAAAGUUGUUGUUUUACUUUUUAACUUUUUUAACUCACAUUUUAGUAUUUUUAAUUAUUGUCUUCUGUUUGAGAUAUUAGCUGUAGUUUAGUUUGUGUUGUAAAGCGAGUGCUGGGUUUGUUUUAAUCAUACAUUUACCGUCAGCCUGACGCUCAACCUGCCAGCUCACCACUGGCUGCAGAGUCGCUGACAAUCAGGAUAACAAUGACUGUAAUACUCGUAGAUUUGAAACAUUUACAGUAAUUUCUCAUGUGCAAUAUUUCCCCGUCGUACACUUCAAGGUCCCCGCUGUAAACUACUGUAAUUUACUAACUGUCAAUCACAGAAGGGAAUUUAGCAUUAGCGUCUUAAGCCACACACUGCUACACACUGUCAGGCAUGUUAACAGACUGAUGUCUUUCUGCUCUGUAAGCACAGCACACCUUUAAUAUCACUACUCACCUGUCUUCCUGACCUGCACAAAGUUCUCACACAUAUAAACACAAACACUUAAUGUCACAACUGACCAAUAAAGGGGGAGGAGAUUUAGGUUUAUACAGUAGUGGAAACACAAGGGAUGCACUCUGCUCCAACAGGCGUAAAGUUAAAUUCUUGCUUGCUUUUCACGCUUCAGAUUGUUCCUCAGAGGAGGGUUUCACGAAUGUGCGAUAUGAAAAUAAAAAGAUGCAAGCAAUAAUCUAGCUUCAAACUAACACUGCUGGUUUGGAUUAGCAGCAUAGGAAGGGAUACAGUCUCCACAGAAACAAACAAGGGGUCACAAGCAAUUAGUUUGAUUACAGGACUGGAUGUUUUGACAAACUGUGUGGUUUCACUUUGGCUGGCCUGGAUAACGCAGCGAAAUGCCAAUAAAAUUAUCCCAUUUUGUACAUGGAGCAGAGCUGACACAGCCUGUGCUUGGCAGAAGUGGAAGCCAGGAAGUAAUCAGAUCCCAGACAAGCUUUCCAGCCGAGGUGAGGUGAACCGGGCCCUGCUUUAAUAUCAUUUUCUCCUCUGAAGACAGCUUGUAAGAACGCUGAGUGUGUCAUGGUAGCGUAGAGUCGAGCAUUAGACGAAAUAAAAUGUAUUUAAUGUUUGAAAUGAAUGAGCUUCUUUUGCACAUAAAUUAAUACAAAUAUAAAAAGAGUUGGCAUAGAAUUUUUUUAGGAUUACUGUAUCUAUAUAACAAUUAUCUCUUCUUCUUUUUUUAUCUGCUCCUCUUCUCUAGAGCUCUGCUGCUCUCUCUCUCUCUCUCUCUCUCUCUCUCUCUCUCUCUCUCUCUCUCUCUCUCUCUCUGUCCGUUCGUCUGUCUGCCUUUGUUUGAUAAGACUUUAUAGACAAAAAAGGUUGUGAUGCACUACAAACCUUGCAUGUUUUGACUUUUUUUUUUAUAUAAAUGUUUAUUGAUUUUACACAUUAGAUAUAAUUGUAUUGUUUUCAUUUACAAGUCUUUUUAGAUGUUUCCCAAACCAAAAACUGAAAAUGUGUACGUGUAUGUUUGAAACAAACAAAAAAAUGUGUGCGUAUAAACGAUCAUAUAAUCGAGCUGUAUUACAAAGUGUGUUUUUCUUUAGGCUUUCUGACAUGGUCACUGUUUGGAGGGGUGUACAUAGAUGCAUUGCUACAACCUUAUUCAAAGCAUUUGCCAAUAAAUAAAAAAAAGUUGCCUUUAAAACGUC